UUGGUUUCUCGGUUUACCUACCACUGGCAGUUCAGUGUCUUGUGUACUUGAAGCCCCUUAUUAAGUUGGAUGUGAUUGGUUUGACCCUGGCGGUGAAGUUCUUGGAGAGACUGGGCUCUAAGAAGGAGAGGGGCAUUGGGACACAGUGGAACACCGCUGGAAUAGUGCAGCAAACCGGGCUGUUUCACCCAGUGUUUACUGCCACUGUCUACAUCCCCUCCCGCAGACCCCAUUCUCACCUCUACUCAGCUCAUUCACCUCGAGCUCAAUCUUCUCCUACAGAUGUUACACGGUAUCGGCAUGUUUCUGUUCCAGUUCCGUGUUGGGGACAGAUGAAGACAACAUGGGGGAUGUUUGUCCUCAGAAGCUGGGAUCGGUCAAGCACCUCCGCCUCCUGCUGUUAAUACUUAUUCCAUGUGUCUGCGCUUUCAUCUGUGUACUAGUAAUCCUCUUGGCAUUUGUAGGUGUUAUAGGUGAUGGUAUUUUUGAUCAAAGCAGGAAUCAUGUACUUGCCACCAGUGGGACCGGACAGAUAUCUGAUAAUGCUUAUACAGGCAUCAUUGGAAACAGUUCAAGAAUGCCAAAACAAAUAGAUUUGGGGACACCAUCUCCUUUUGCAGUAACAAGUGUUUCAACUACUCGUGGCCUGAAUGGUGAAGACAAGUUGACUGAUUUAACUAAGGAACAGUUGAAAACCACAGUGAUGCAGGAGGACAGUUUGCAAUCAACACAAAGCAUAUCCCCCAGUUUGGAUCACAGCAGUGCAGGAUCGGUCCUGCGUGUGGAAGACACAAGCUCAGUCACUCAGAGGACAGAUGGAAUAUUUCCUUCCAAUGAGCCACCUAUGAACGUCUCACCAUUCAAGACUUCUUUUCCCAGUCUCGGCUCCACUAGUAUUGCUACAAAUAAUGACACAACACAUGAAGCCGGACAUUUUGACACCAGUUUUGGUACUUGCAACAAUUUAAGUUACAGCCUGUGUGAAAUACUGCCCUAUAAUCAGACUACUGUACCAUACUAUCUUUCAAACUACAGCAACACAGACAUGGAAAUGUUCAUCCGCUUCUUCAGUCAGCUUAACCUCUUGCGCUGCUAUCAACAUAUCAUGCUCUUUGGUUGCAGCAUUGCUCUUCCAGAAUGUAUAAACAGCACUGAGAGAGCAGUAAUUCUGCCGUGCAUGUCAUUCUGUGAGGCUGCAAAGGAAGGCUGUGAGCCAUUAUUGCAACAAGUGGAGGCUGGGUGGCCAGAAGUCCUCAAAUGCUCCAGGUUUGUCAAUGAUACAGGAAUGGAAAACACCAGCAAGAUAUGCUUCUCACCCCAGCAAGAGGAAAGAAAAAAAUCUUGCAAAGAGCUGGACAACUUCUUGUGUGGCAGUGGAUUCUGUAUCCAAAGGAAGCUGUUGUGUAAUGGUUACAAUGAUUGUGAUGACUGGAGUGAUGAGGCAGACUGCGCCUGUAGCCAAGGGCAGUUCCAGUGUGGCACUGGAAAAUGUAUCCACCAUAAUAACACUUGUGAUGGUUACGAUGACUGUGGGGAUCUGAGUGAUGAACUAAGCUGUGAAUGCAAUCCCGAGCUCCAUUUCAGAUGUGGAAGUGGCCGAUGUGUCCUGAAGUCCUGGGUCUGUGAUGGAGACCAUGACUGCAGAGACAAGUCUGAUGAGGUUAACUGCUCUUGCAAGAGCCAGGGUCUGAUGGAGUGCGGUAAUGGUCGAUGUAUUCCAAGCAUUUUCCACUGUGAUGGUGAAAAUGACUGUGAAGACUGGAGUGAUGAACUGAACUGUUCCAAAACCCAUGCAGAUCAGAGCACUUGCAAGGAAGGGGAUUUAUCAUGUGCUGAAAAUUCCUGUACUGAGACCUGCAAUGGCUCUAGUUGUGUGGCUCAUAACAGUAAAAUAAACUGCAGUAAAUGUGAGCCUAUUACUCUUGAGCUCUGUAUGAAUCAGCCGUACAAUUCCACGAUCUACCCUAACUACCUGAGUCACCGGGACCAGAAAGAGGCAUCAAUUAGCUGGGAAUUUUCACUCUUUCCAAACCUUGUUCAAACCAAUUGUUACAAGUACCUCAUGUUUUUUGCGUGCAGCAUCCUUGUACCAAAGUGUGACUAUGAGACUAAUCAACGGGUCCCACCUUGCAGAUCCCUAUGUGAAGACUCCAAAAAACACUGUGAGACUGUACUGAGCAUGGUUGGACUGCAAUGGCCAGAGGACACAGACUGCAAACAAUUCCCCAGAGAAACCUCUGACAACAGGACAUGUCUGAUGCCUGAUGAGAAUGUGGAAGAGUGCUCCCCAAGUCAUUUCAAGUGUAAAUCAGGGAGAUGUGUCUUGGCAUCAAAGAGGUGUGAUCGACGACCAGACUGUGAUGAUUUUAGCGAUGAGGAAGCAUGUGGUUGUAGUGAGAGAGGCCUGUGGGAAUGCACCAUUGACAAGACCUGUAUCGAGCGUACAAUGAUCUGUGAUGGCUUCCAGGACUGUGCUGACAAAGCAGACGAAAAGAAUUGCUCAUCUUGUAAAGACAAUGAGGUAGUCUGUGUUAACCAUGCCUGUGUUCCCCGUCAUGUUUGGUGUGAUGGGCAGAGAGAUUGCCCUGAUGGCUCAGAUGAAUGGAACUGUGUGUCACUGUCGGACAGUGCAGCUUCCUUGUCACAGCUAGUUGUCCACAGGUCAACUUCUGACUAUCACGUAUGUGCUGAUGAUUGGCAAGAAGAGCUCAGCCAGCUGGCGUGCAAGCAGAUUGGUUUAGGAGGCCCUUCAGUCACUCAAAUAUUGUCAGAAUACAAUCAAACACAACGUAGAAAGUGGUUACGCCUGGGUUCUAAUUGGCAAACUAAGAAUGUUUCCACUCUACAGGCCUUAUUACUAAAGGGGCAGUUGUGUCGAAGUAAAAGCAAAGUAUCGCUGCUCUGCACCAGUGAAAACUGCGGUCAGCGUCCGGCAACUCGACUAAAUAAACGAGUUCUUGGAGGCAGAACUAGUCGCCCAGGCCGUUGGCCCUGGCAGUGCUCAUUGCAGAGUGAACCGAGUGGGCACAUUUGUGGCUGUGUACUGAUCGGACGCAAAUGGGUAUUGACGGUGGCACAUUGCUUUGAAGGCCGUGAAAAUGCAGCUGUCUGGAAUGUUGUUUUUGGUAUCAACAAUCUGGACCAUCCAUCUGAAUCUACGCAGACCCGGAAGGUGAACCGGAUUAUCUUACACCCGCGCUAUAACAGAGCAUUUGUUGAUUAUGACAUCAGUGUGGUGGAGUUACGUGAAGAAAUCAUCGAGACCAGCUAUGUCCGACCUGUUUGCCUUCCCAGAAGAAACCAAGUAGCAGAACCAGAUACAUACUGCUUCAUAACAGGUUGGGGGCACACAGGCAACAGAGUUCCAUUCAAACUACAAGAAGGAGAAGUCCGCAUUCUGUCACUUGAUCGUUGCCAGUCAUACUUCGACACUAAAACAAUUACUUCACGAAUGUUAUGUGCAGGCAAUGAACCUGGAUCAGUGGACUCUUGCAUGGGUGACAGUGGAGGACCUUUGGUUUGUGAACAACCUGGCAAGAAAUGGACAUUAUUUGGUUUAACCUCUUGGGGAUCAGUGUGCUUCACAAAACUCCUUGGACCUGGUGUUUACAGCAAUGUGACUCAUUUUGUUGAAUGGAUUGAGAGACAGAUUUACAUCCAUACAUUUUUGUAAAUGUAUCAAAUGCCAGGGAACAGCAUCAGAAUCAAAACCUCAAAUAGCAAGAAGUAAAAUGUGGCAGCUGGCAAAGACUACAAAAUUAUCUACUUGAUCAUUCCCCUUAAGAAGCACCACACCUCCCAUCCCCAUUCAAUGAGUCUUCAAAAAUCUCAUUCAUAAGGAAUAAAUACACCAAACUGCUCUCAAGGUGAUGAUUUCAAAUCUUUGGAUUGUUAUGGGGACUAAUUACUGUUAAAAUGUCACUAAAUGACUUCCAUAUUUCUGAGAAAUGUUUAUCCUAUUACAUAAUGCACCAAUCAACUACUGCUCCCUUUUGAAAUUUGCAGCACAUCUAUUCCAAAGUUGUACUAGCAUGGUAAGACAUGACUAGAUUCUUCUGUAAAGUGAGGUCAGCAUUGGCUUUUAAGACGGUUUGUGCAGAGGAUUUUUUGCUACCUCUAACUUGAGUAUUUGAGAAAGCUGCUUCUGCAUUCUUCAUGAUACUGCCCACACUGAGGAUGCUGAUGAGAGAAGAAAUUAUUUCACAUUUUACGUAACUAUUUAUAGGUUGGGUUUGUCUUGCAUCAGUGUGUAACUGCGUGCCAAAUGUAUUGAAGUUCUAGAUUCAUUUCUAGAUGAUACUAGCCUAAAGUUUUUCUUAAAAGUAUUGUACACAGUUACCAAGGAAUAAUUAUAAUAGGUUGACAUUAAAUGCAGUCAGUAUCAUAUACUGAUUCUUCAACUGGAAUACUUGUUAAAAAGAAAUUAUUGCUAGCAUUAGGCAUCUUCUUCCCUAAAAGAUUUACUUGCCAACUUAUGUGGUUUAGGAAACAAAAGUGUUUAAUUGUGGGCUAAUAUAAUGAAUGCAUUUAUAAGAAAUGAGAAGGAUUUGAUUUUGUAGCAUUGAACAGAGUGAUCAUAUAUUACAGCUACCUUGAACUAAUGCUACAUACGUAAAAGUUCUAUUCAGUUUUAAAGUGGGAAGCAACUAUCCAAAAACUGACUGAAGUGCACUUCUCUUGAAUGCAUGCUCUAAUUUCAUUACCACGUAACUGACCAAGAGAAGAAUUAUCUUGUGUCUUUUAAUGAAAUUUGAAUGAAAAACAGAUUUGAGCAUUCUGUACACUGGGCCAUUGGUCUAGAUCUAAGUAUGGACUUUGUUCAUUACAUUAGCAUUUUGAAACACCAACAUCCAUUGACCUUUGAGUGUCUCACUGUUUUUAGUGUUAAGGAUUUCCCAUCAUGUAUGUCGUGAAUUUUCCUUCAAUAAGGACUGCUCACAUUUGGAAAUCAGUUUAGAUGCUAUGUUUUUCAGUAACAAGAAUGAAUUAAAUUGGAGACUUAUCACUUUUUAAAAUCCCAGGCCUCUCUUUCUGUAAUGUCAAUAUUCAUCAAAUGUGAAGUGAGUAAAUUGAACUCUGUUCCUGUUUUACUUUUUCUAAGCUACUGUAAGUGGUAAUAUUACUUAUUACCACUUUUCAAACUAAAAAUACUCUUAUGCCAAAGUUUUGUUUCAGCUCGCUUUGUAUUUACAUUGGGUUUUUGUGUGGCAGCUUGCUAUUCAAGUUUGAGAAUAAAUAUUACACUGUGACAGCAUUAUACUUUUGACAAGUGCCAUGUACUUUGUUCCUGUAGCAUUUCUAAACAAAGACAUUUGAGAAAUGUCUGCAAUAUUCAGUGUAACAUUCCAUGUAAAGAUUAUACAAUGCUUGUAAUUUUAUAAAAUAUUUUUAUAUUGCUUUUUUCUAAAUGUGCAGAUUUCAACUUUAAACAGAUUGGGUGUUUGCACUUUGUGAUGUUGUAAAUGACAAUCAAAAAGCAAACUGCUGGUUACCAGUUGUGUAAAUUGAAGACAUGGGCUUACAGCACAAGCUUGCUCUAUUGACAGCACCAAUUCAAAUCAAGACACACAAAUUUUAGCCUCAUUCCAAAUGUCAAAACAUUAUCUAGGAACCCUUAUUAAUGACUUUAGUAGAUUAAGGUCUAAAUAUUCAGUCUGCCUUUGUGAUCCUCCAAUGUAAUUUACUGCUUGACUUGAAGUUUCUAUCACUUAACUAGUCAUUCAUAACACUAUUUUGUUCAUCAUAUUACUGACUCCUUUGUUAAGCAGGGUUUGGAAACUGAAGAAGCAAACUUAUGCAAUCACACACAUAAGCCCUUACAUAGAGACAAUUAAAUCUUCUGGAUAAGGUCAGAAAGUCCUAAAACAAAGUUUUGUCUCAUGACUAAAAGAUGGUUGAAACAAGUGGCCAUAAAUAUAGUUUGAACAUUAACUGGAUGGCAGUGCAGCUUUACUUUAAUGGCCAUAAUUUAUAGCCUAGUAGCAUGGGAUGUGAUCCACUAAAUUAAAUUAACAAUAGGUGGUUGAAAAGAAGAUCAUAUCUGAUCAGUUCUUUCUUUUAACAAGAGGUCUUUUGGCUUCAAAGUUUUGACACAGCUAUUAUAGUGCUGCCAAUGCAAAAAUUUCUGGAUUUUUGUUUUAUUUGUUCCUGCAAUGUGGGCAUUGCUGGCUUGGCCAGCAUUUAUUGCUCAUUCCUAAUUCUUCUUGAUCUGAGUGGCUUGCUGAGGACGUUUCAGAGGCAACUACAUUGCUGUGUGUCUGGACCUGCAUUUAGGCCAGACCAGGAAAGGAUGGCAGAUUUCAUUCCCUAAAGGAAAGUUGUGUUUAUACAGCAAUGAUUAUAAAUUCAUCAUCAGGCUACCAUUUAAUUCCAUUUUUAAAAAUUGUUUCAUCAUCUGCCAUGACAGAAUGCAAAUUUAUCUUGAGCAUUAGCCUGGGGCUCUGGAUUACUAGUCUAGUGACAUUAAAGCUACACAACAGUCUCUCCAAUUUCUUUCUUAUUUUUGCUAGAUUCGUUCAAGUGCCCACUGAUGGGUGUGAUAAACUCUGCCUUCACAGAAACAAUAAUGUGCAUAAGGACAUUUGGUCUAUUGUGCCUGCCUUGAAAAUUCUUCCCAUUGCUCCAAAGUUUGUUUACAUUUCACUGUAUUACUUGUACAAAUUUAAAUUUAAAGACUGUUUUAUUGUAACUCUAAACAGAAAUAGAGCGAUGUAAUUUAUUUGUAAGUCUUAUAGUUUGCAGUUGAUUGCUGGAGAAAAGGGAACAGUUGUUUUAGUUCUAUAUUGUGUUGUAAUUUGUCUUUAUAUUUAAUGUCACCAUGCUUAAGAGUAACAGAAUGGUUAUCGCACAAUGAGAGACCAUUCAGUCUGUUGUAUCUAUGCAAAUUCUAAGAGUUAGUCCCACACCCCUGCCUCUUCCUGCAAGCCGUCCAAAUGUUUUUCAAGAUAAUUAACCAAUUCCUUUUAGAAAGCCACAACUGAAUUUCCCAUACACUAGCAUUCCAGAUACUACCAUUUACUACAAAUGAACAUUUUCUCUCAUGUUGCUGUUGAUUUCUUUUGCUAAUCACUUUGUGGCUUGUGUCUUCUGAUUUCAGUCCUUCUAAUGGGAACAUUCUUCCUUGUCUACUGUAUCUAUACCCCUCACGAUUUAGAGCACCACUGUCGAAGUUCCUCCCUUUUUCUGCGAAAAACAAAUGUUGCCCUGCAGACAUCUUCAGUAAAGGCUCAGCCACUCUCCUCACAAGCAUUUACAACAGCAAACUACCUGUCCCCUUUCCCCUGAGCUAAGAUAGGGUACAGAAAUACGAUUUCUCACUUGCAAAUCAGUUUUUGUUAAAGGAUCUAGUGUUUGAGUCAAAAUUACAAGUGUAAUCACAAUAUGUAAAUAUAAGGAAAAGCUACAAGCACCAAAAUGAUGGAAGGUUCACCACAUUUGCAAUAAGACAAGACUUGGUUAAAGCUUAGGCUAAACAGCAUUUGUCAGCACUGGAUGUAUUUUUUCUUAAAUAUUGAUGGAUUGUUCCAUAGAUCCAGUAUUUUAUUUUACUUCAGAUUUCUGUCAUAUCCAGUUUUCUCCCCCUAUUAUGUGAAGCUGUGGCCUCACUGUACUUUAAUGUGUAAAAAUUAAUAAAAAUACCUUAACAAUGA